GGCCCGGUUAAGCUUCAAGUUAGACGCCAUGCACACGCUCACUUCAAGUUCAGCGUAUGGCGUGGUUGUCGCCGCCACUUUUGCUAUUGGUCUAUGGGUAGGGUCGAAUGUAUCGCCGCGGGACCCAGCCAGGAGUGAGAAGCCUCAUGGUCAGGCUGUCGAGGCGGCCGCAAAGGGCACCGAGGCUACUGACCCUCUGCACGAUAACGGUGAAAAUGAUGAGAGUGAUUCGGAAGCUGAAGAUGAAGACCGUGGCGACCUGUCUUCUCUCAAAAUUGGUCCCACUGACGAAUGCACGAUGGUUCUCGUAGUUAGGGAGGAUUUGGGUAUGACCACGGGAAAAAUAGCUGCACAGUGCUCGCAUGCUGUCCUUGCAUGCUAUAAGUCCAUGCUGACCUCGAACGUACCGCUAUUAAGGCGCUGGGAAGGCGCAGGACAGCCCAAAUUGACCCGUCGCUGUUCUGACGAGGACUCACUUCUGGUGCUGCAAGAUCUUGCUCAAAUGCUGAAUCUGUGCACGAGAUCGAUCCAAGACGCCGGAAGAACCCAAAUUGAGGCCGGUUCCCGAACAGUUCUUGGCAUUGUCGGUCCCGUUGAUCUUGUGAAGAGGGUUACCGGCACGCUGCGGCCGCUUUAGUAGUGAUGUUACUGUUCAAAGUGCUUUGCCUUGGAGGUUUAGAGCUACAGAUGGCGUUGAAUUCUGGUUUUUGGUACUUAGAAUAAUGUUAGGAGCCAUGCGAAGGUCAUGCACAACAGCAAUUGAUUUCUUGUUACCAAGGUACUCUAAAAUAGAUGUU